AAAUAAUGAAUCUGUUAAGAAAUGGGUCGCCAAGAAUAGGGGAAAGAAAGAAGCAAAGAGAAAAAAAGAGAGCGUUUUCAAAAUCAAAUAUUUGCGGAGAGACAAAGCGGAGGUGUCGUUUGCGAUAAAAAGCCUUGGAGAAGAGGUUUUCUUCUUCUUCUUCUUCUUCCCUCCUCCUUCCUCUGCAUCUCUUAUACGAUGCCGUAUCGAUCCUCUUCUUCUUCUCCCAAUCUUCGUCGUCGUCUCGCUUCCGUCUAACCAGGAUCUACCGUUAGAUUUUUCAGCUUCUUCCGUCGAGAUCUCCUUCGCGUGCGAGAGCCAUGCCUACUUUUUCUGCAAUUGCUUUGGAUAGAAUGCUAGAGCCAGGGGCUUCCACAUCCGUAGAGACUGUUCCAAGCACAAAAUCGUUUUAUUCGAAGCCACCAAUAUCAAAACUGGAGAAAGGUAAAGGUAAAUUACCUAAUAAUGAGAGGACAUUUACUCGUCCUCAGAUGUCACCGGCUCUCUACGCCACACCUGAUGCAAUUCCUCUCCCCAAUUCGCCAUCUUCUUUCCCACCUUCUCCUUAUAUCAUCAACCACAAAUCACGCGGGCCGCGUCUUUUGAAAAGCUCCUCCGAGGCUAAUGUGGCUUCCCAAAAGAAGACGCUGGAAGAUGAAGCUAUUACUAGUGGUACAGACGUUAAGGCUUCACCUCGGAGGAAGUCGACCUCGUUCUCAUUUCCUGUAAGUGAGGCUACUGAAGAGGAUUAUACUAAUGGUGUUCAUGCUCAUCAAGUUGGAAACUUUGAUUUUGAUGGGAUUGUUGAUGGUCCUGUUGGGAAUUGGAGUCCGCUUGACGGGAAAACUGAGAAUGGAAAGUCGGAGUUGGAUAGUGCUGCCAAUGGUUUAGGACGGGAAAGCAAUCUAUCAGACCCUGUCACUGUCAAAGCAGACAAGGAGAGUGAGUCUGAAGAUUUCUAUGAUCCAGGUGAAUCAGCAAGUUUCACAAGUAACACGGAGGUAGAGGGUGAUGCAGGAGAGGAAGGUUCACAAAGACUUGCUACCCCCGUGGGAGAGUUUUAUGAUGCUUGGGAUGAACUAUCAACCGACAGUGGAAUGCAGAGUUCAGUGAACAACAUCGAAGCUGAACUAAGGGAGAUAAGGCUGAGUUUACUAAUGGAAAUCGAGAAGAGAAAACAAACAGAGGAGGCUCUAGAGCAGAUGCAAAUACACUGGCAGAGACUCCGCGAGCAGUUGGCCCAGGUGGGUCUCUUCGUUCCAAUCGAUCCUACCACCUCAACCAACAACAUGAACCUAUCAGAAGAACUACGCUGCCAACUCGAGGUUGCUAGGUUUGUCUCCGACUCUCUAGGCAGAGGUAUGGCAAAGGCAGAGGUAGAGAUGGAGAUGGAAUCUAUGCUCGAAACUAAGAACUUUGAAAUCACGCGGUUAUCUGAUCGUGUCCACUACUACGAAGCCGUGAACCGAGAAAUGUCCCAACGAAACCAAGAGGCCAUAGAGGUGGCACGACGAGAGAGGCAGAAGAGGAAGAAGAGGCAGAGAUGGAUUUGGGGAUCGAUUGCAGCAACCAUUACUCUAGGGAGCGCUGCAUUGGCAUGGUCUUACAUUCCUGCAUCCAAACCAUCAUCCGAAGUAUCACCACAAACUCUCAAGGAUGAUUAAGUAAGCUUCUUGUCUCCGUAACGGGUUUGAUAUGAAGCAAGAAAAAUAAUAUCCAGGACGUUUAGCACGCCUUGUGAAUAGAAAUAUAUACAUAUUUUGGUUAUUGUUUUAACCGUUCAAGAGGAAGUAUAGCUCCGAGUAGCUGCAAACACAUGUUUCUUUUUUUCUUUCUGUGGCAUACUGAGUGAUAGCCACAAUUCACUAAUAUUGGUUCGUGUUACCUUUCAACAUUCAAUGUUUGCUCUCUA